AUGGAUCCACAGUUCAAUCCUGCGCCACCACAGGAUGAUCCAUCGGCCAAGCGCAAACGUGUGGGUAGAAAGUAUACAUCUCGAGCGUGUGAGGAAUGCCGCCGACGAAGAGCCAAGUGCGAUGGCACGCGGCCGUCAUGUUCUCGGUGUCUUGACCGAGGUUCUCGCUGCCAAUACUCGACGGCCGAAGACGGAAGGCAACCGGCCCCGAAGUCUUAUGUAGUGAUGCUACGAAACAGAAUCGAGCUCCUGGAGCGUGUUCUGCGAAACCAUGGCAUUGAUGCGGAGGCUUCCGUUGCAGAAUUGAUGGCUGAGGCUGAGCUUCCAAACCAAACGGCGGAUUUCAACCAUGCCGUGGAUGAUUUAUGUGUGACUUUCGAUGGCGCACUGACUAUAGAUGAAUCCUUGAAUUUUGACCAGGAUGGUGAAGUCCGUUACUUUGGGCCAACUAGUGGACGCCUAUUUUUUCAGUCUUCGGCGACUACCUCACCUGGGGAAGAUACUCCCCAAACAGAUCCUUCCUAUACAGGAGGCUCUGGAGUCACACCAGACAAUCUUGACAUAGUGUCUCCGCACUGUGCUACAAAGUAUCACGAAUGUCCCUUCGAGCCGGAUGAGCCCAAGAUAUCUGAAGAGCUCCAAUCACAUUUGAUCAAUUUGUACUUUGACUGGGACCAACCAUGGCUGCAGGUUGUGAACGAGCAGCUGUUUCGCGAAAGCCUAGCCUGUGGAGGCCGAUAUUGUAGUCCUCUUCUUUUGAAUUGCAUUCUUGCUGUUGGGUCUCGUUAUUGCGAUAGAAUGGAGGUCCGGACAGACCCUAAUGACUCCAACACAGCAGGCAAAAUGUUCAUUUGCACAGCGGAGAGGUUGAUUCACAACGACCUUCGCUGGCCAAAGAUCACAACAAUUCAGUCAUUGACAAUAAUGGGGAUGUAUUAUAUUGCAACAGGAUCUGAUGCGGCAGGCUGGCUUCAACAAGGAAUGGCCAACCGCUUGGCCAUUGACAUGGGGUUCAACAUGGAUCCUGCGGUUCUCACAGGGACUGUAUCCCUUCCGGCAAUUGAGAUCGAGUUACGAAGACAAAUCUAUUGGGCGUUAUACUGCCACGACAAGUUGUCGGCCUGCUAUACAGGGAGGGUUUGCACACUAUUGGAUUCCCAAGGCGCUGUGAAUAAACCCGAUCUUGAUUGUGUCUCGGACGUUCAAUUGCCCUCUGCCAAUGGACAGCUGCGAGCAGCUAAUCAAAAGACUGUCACUCAGCUGCAGAGAUCAAUGAUUGAUCUAUGCCGCAUCAUCGAAAAGAUCCUUCGUUCUCUAUGGUCCCCUAAGCCACUCCUUCAUUGCCAUCAACGAGCUGCAUUCUUCGACACCACCCUCCUCGAACUUAAAACAUGGUACUACGACCUCCCAUCCGAGCUGAAAGUUGAUCGGCCAUCAGGACCCUCCCGAUUCCCGCACGCCUACACCUUAUCAAUGGUGUACCACCAAGCAGUAAUUUUACUCUGCUGCCCGUUCGUUACCGUUAACGCCCAAUCCCCAUCCCUCCAAAAAGGUGAAACCGUGCAACAUUCACCACAGUCAAACGAUAAACAACAGCCAAAUUCGCGAUAUGCCAAGGGUCUCUCAAGCUGUAGCAACUCGAUCCGAGUAAUGUGCUGCAUCGCACAAAGAUACCGACAAACAUUCGGCAGUUUCAAGCUUAGUCCCAUCACCGCUACACAUUGCACGUUAUCCACAGCGCUGAUGCUUAUUGAGCUAUGUUGCGCUGCUAAACCCGUCGCUAAAAAUUCCCCGACAGAUGACGGGCCACAGCCACACCGAUUACCUCCACAUGCUGCGGUAGCUCUGUGCUUCCAGGUUUUACGAGAACUGUCUACGUCCUGGAACAUCGCCAAGCGUAUUGGGAGAAAUCUGGAAAGAGUCUAUAUUCAGCGAUAUGGUUCGGAACAUCUUGCCUUCAUGCCAAAGGACGGUGAAGGAAAUGGCCAGGUUCUAGUUCCAGAACCUAAGUCUACUUCCGCGGGAAAAUCCACAAUCCACAACCUUGAAAUGUUUGAUGAUAUUCUCAAUGCCAGGCCAUUCCUCGCCGAGGAUUCUACACAAGCUGGUCUCGAAAUGCCUGUUACGUUUGAUCAACCACCUAAUUUCAGUCGACCUGGCAUACCUGCCAUGGCACUGCAUUCACCCGGUGAUAUCCAGAACUUUCCGAACCAAGACGAGGCAUUUGGAUAUGCAUUCUCCCUGGAUUCCCUACCGAGUGAUUACAAUAUGUUCGACACUUUGAAUCAAAUGUAUCUAGAAGAGAAUUGGUAA